AUGGUCUGUUUUAUAGUAGAGUCUAUUACUGGAAUGCUGUCACCAGAUGAAAUUGAUGCACGGCAAAUUACAAUUCCUAAAAAUGUCUUUUUAGCAGACCUGAAAUACAAUAUUCCUGCGAGAAUUGAUUUAUUAAUUGGCGUUACAUUAUUCUAUGAAUUAUUACAGGAACAACGCGUAAGGCUAGGUAAUAACCAACCGAUAUUACAGGAAACGAAAUUAGGUUGGAUUAUCGGUGGUCCAUUUGCUCCUUGUAAGUCCUCGACUCAAUGCACUACGUCACAGUGUCAUUUGUCUACGAACUCACAAAUCCAAGAACAGCUCGAACGAUUUUGGAAGUUAGAAGAGAUCGAGCAUUCAACUCCGUACACAAAAGAAGAACAACUUUGUGAGAAUCAUUUUGUCUCCACACAUCAACGUGAUCAAGAUGGUCGAUUCAUCGUGCAACUACCAUUAAAAGACAAGGUUUCUUCACUUGGAGAAUCUCGGGAAAUUGCAGAAAAGCGUCUAAGAUCAAUUGAAAGAAAGUUAGAGAAAAAUCCUGAGUUAAAGGAAGCAUAUAUUAAUUUCAUACAGGAAUACGAGAGAUUAGGAUACAUGAGCACGGUGGAGAAUUCUACAGGCGAUGAUAAAAAUGCGAACUAUAUUCCACAUCACGCAGUUGUUAAAGUAACGAGUACUACCACUAAGGUACGUGUGGUCUUUGAUGCGUCCUGCAAAACGUCGUCCGGCAAAUCGCUCAAUGACAUACUGUCAGUAGGACCCACGAUUCAAAAUUCAUUAUUUGAUAUCAUGCUGCGAUUCCGGCAACAUAGUUAUGUUAUCACCGGCGAUAUUCAUAAGAUGUAUCGACAGAUCUUAUUAAAUGUCGAUCAACGAGAUUUGCAGCGAAUUUUAUGGCGGACAACUUCGGGGCAAAUCCAAGCAUACCGCUUAAACACGGUCACAUAUGGCUUAGCCAGUGCACCAUUUCUUGCGAUACGAUGUCUACAUCAACUUGCAAUUGAACAUAAAGACACGUUAUCUGAAGCAAGCGCGGCGAUUCUACAAAAUUUUUAUGUCGAUGAUUUAAUCACAAGCGGAAAUGAUUUAAAUCAAUUGAAAACUUUAAAAGAAGACGUCACGAGGAUUUUACGCGGUGGAGGCUUUGAGAUGCACAAGUGA